AUGGCAAAUGUGAUCGGAAAUCACGCGUCCAUCUUUCGUUCAUUUGACGUGGAAACCUUACGCUCAAAUAUUCGCCCGCUGAUCCCGACUGAAAGACCAUAUAAGUCUAUCAUAAUCAUAUUCUUUCUUUCUUUCUUUCUUUCUUUCUUUCUUUCUUUCUUUCUUUCUAUCUUUCUUUCUUUCUAUCUAAAAGGAUGUCUUCUUCUUUUUCCACACAGUUUUUCUUCCUUGGCUUCUUGUUCUUUAGAUUACAUUCUUCUUCUUUUUCUUCAAUUAUUUCUUCUAAUUCUUCCUUUUCUUUUUGUUGUUGCGGUUAUUGUUGUUAUUGUUGUUCUUCAUCAUCAUCAUCAUCAUCAUCAUCAUCAUCAUCAUCAUCAUCGUCGUCGUCUUCUUCUUCUUCUUCUUCUUCUUCUUCUUCUUCUUCUUCUUCCCACUUCCCACUUCUCAGGAGAUUUUACCGUCCAUAUUUCUUUUGCGUUCUUCUUUGUGUGCAAACAGAAUAGCGACAACUUCGCGACAGAAAUGAUGAACGACAUUUCACGUAGAUAUCAACACAACUGGUAA